AUGGCGAAUCCGCGGUGUUAUUUGGAUAUAAGCAUCGGAGGUGAGCUUGAAGGGAGAUUGGUUGUGGAGCUAUACAAAGACAUUGUUCCCAAAACUGCUGAGAAUUUUAGGGCUCUUUGUACUGGAGAGAAGGGGAUUGGUCCUAACACUGGUGUUCCCCUCCAUUUGAAGGGAUCAUGUUUUCAUCGUGUGAUCAAAGGUUUCAUGAUUCAAGGAGGCGAUAUAUCUGCUCGAAAUGGCACAGGAGGAGAAUCAAUCUAUGGUUUAAAAUUUGAAGAUGAGAAUUUCGAAUUGAAACAUGAAAGAAAAGGAAUGCUAUCAAUGGCCAAUUCUGGUCCAAACACAAAUGGCUCUCAAUUUUUCAUCACAACCACACGUACAUCUCAUUUAGAUGGGAAACAUGUAGUUUUUGGUAGAGUUAUAAAAGGAAUGGGAGUUGUUAGAUCAGUUGAGCAUACUACAACUGUAGAAAACGAUUUACCUACUCAAGAAGUUGUUAUACAAGAUUGUGGGGAGCUUCUAGAAGGAGAAGAUGAUGGUGUUUGUGACUUUUUUAAAGAUGGUGAUACUUAUCCUGAUUGGCCUCUUGAUCUUGAUGUUAAACCUGAAGAAGUUUCAUGGUGGAUGACUGCUGUUGAUGCCAUUAAAACUUUUGGGAAUGAACAGUUUAAGAAGCAAGAUUACAAAAAUGCCCUUAGGAAGUAUCGUAAGGCUUUGCGUUACUUGGAUAUCUGCUGGGAGAAGGAAGAUAUUGAUGAAGGGAAAACUGAUUCUUUAAGGAAGACAAAAUCACAGAUAUUCACAAACAGUUCUGCUUGCAAAUUGAAACUUGGAGAUCUGAAAGGAGCAUUACUGGAUGCUGACUUUGCACUUCGUGAAAUGGAUGAUAAUGUGAAAGCUCUUUUUCGUCAAGGCCAGGCAAGUAUGGCACUCAAUGACAUUGAUUCAGCUGUUGAAAGUUUCAAGAAAGCACUGGUGUUGGAACCUAAUGAUGGUGGAAUAAAGAAAGAGCUAGCUGCAGCUAAGAAGAGGAUUGCUGAUAGGAGGGAUCAAGAAAAGAAAGCAUUUGCCAGAAUGUUCAAGAUUCCGGAAACAUGUUCUCAACUCUAG